AUGAGCUGCAACGCCAGCAAAGACCUGGUGAACCACAGGCUGCCUCCAUUAGCCUCCCUCUGCUCUCCAUUCCGAAUGGCCCUGGUCCUCUGCCUCUUUGUCCCCUCCUGUCCCAACAUGACUGUUGGUGUCACCCCCUCCCCCUUCAAUCUGCCCACCUUUCUCUCAGGUGUGGCUCUGCUGGCCUACAGCCCUGCUGACGCCAGGACCCCCGUGUCUGUGAAGCGCCAGGCCGUCUAUAUAAACCCGCUGCGGUCGGUCGCUGCGGUCAGCACACGGCAGCCCUCGUUGCGGGGAGCGGGACGGCGCCAGCGAGCCGACAGCACCGGGAGACGCAUCGCGCUCAGGAAGCGCUCGGGCGGCCAGAAGAGGGACGAGGAGGCGGCGGGGAUGACGGGCUACGGCGCGGCGACGGGGGUCAGCGUGCGGGAGGAGAACCAGGCGCGGCGGGAGAGCUACAGCGCCGACUGGCACAGCCUGCGGCUCAACACGCGGCCUCGGGACAGGCAGACGGUGCACGAAGUGGACGGGUCUCGCCGCGAGUCCUUCUCUCGCCAGUGGGAGGCGCGCAGGCUGGUGCAAAGCUGUCCUUCCGGCGUGAUCCGCCUGGGGACCCUGGAACAGGGCGUGAGGGAGCACCAGCAGCUCCCCUACAGGAACACGCUGCCGCUGCCCCUGUUCGCCCCCGCCGAGCUCGGGCUUAGGCUGGGCCGUGGGGCCCCUCACACCGCGGAAGAGCUCCGGCCCUUCUCCGUGCCCGACGGCGCCUGCCCGCACAAGAGGGCCGUGGAGGACAUCACAAGGGCCCUGCCGCCUCCAGAGCCCAUGAGGAUGGACUUUGCCAAAGUGCCCCGGUCUCUGGGACGGUCCACAUCACAGGAGGCCCAGAGGGGCUGAAGCGGAGGGAGGGAGGGAGGGACGGGGCGGUCAGACGAAGGGGUGACGGUUAGAUGGUGGGUCGUAGCUAGAGGGAGGGACUUAUAGCACAGUGAGAAAUUAACUGGACUAAAUAGCAACGCGUGCAGCAUAUCUGGGGGCUACAUUAACAGGGAAACAGCAUAGAAAAGGGCAUUUUCCGUAGAACCUGGACGUUCGCCUCUAUUCCAAGUGAAGCUUCUAUUGGAUGGUGGACUGGUGGAACACGCUGUAUGCGCCCAUAGCUGGGGACAAUUCCCAUGAGGUCAUCAGGCCCGGGCACAGUUUGAGUCGUCGAGGUGCCGCAGAGGAGCCGAGUCCCAGGAACAGUGAGGAACUUAAGGGGUUUUUAUGAUCACAGCCAAGAAACAACACCUUGCUGUGACUGAAGGCAAGAGGGGACUCGGCAGAGGUAGACAACGGACAACGUGAAAGACGGGACAUCAGCAAAGAUCCAUAGUGAUCAGGGGCGUAACGUUUAGCACAGGUGGACUGAAGGAUCAAGAGACGUAGAGAGAUAUAGAUAUAGACAUAGACGUAGGCAUAGAUAUAGAUAUAGCUAUAGACAUAGAUAUAGAGGGAAGGAAGGAGGGAGGAGGGUGGUUAGUGGGUUCCGGCCUUUGUUCCUUAUCAGGACAGGUGGUGAGGUACAGAACUUCACAUGUGAACGUGCAAAAGGAAAGUACCUGGUGGUUCUGCAAGAAAAAUGACAGGAGUGUGGAGAGAAAGAAGGCCUCAUUUCAUGAUCUUAUUCGUAUGUAUUUAGCUACAGAUUGUGAGGAGAUUAAUAUAUAGUGCAAAAAUGCAUUUUUGUGUAUGCAGUCUCUUGUAGAGUUAAAAAACCAUACAAUAAAUCGAAAUGAUAUAUUGAUAAACGUUUGCAUUAUCGUCCGCACCAGAGAUCUCUAUAGUACAGGUGUGGUGGAGAGUUUUAUUUAUUAAACUGAAUUCCUUACUUUGUUUUUUACAAUAAACGUUGUUUUCACUUCCAAA